CAAGCAACUCGGGCAACUAUGGCGGUGUAGAUAUUCAAAGCACCCCACGUAUUGAAGUUAGCACAGCAAAGCACGCGUAUUUCAUUACAAAUGCAAGCUCAAUUGCAAACCGAAGAUGCUCACCCCGACGGGGCAGUAUGUACCUUUGGUUUCUUCACCAUCCUAAGCUCCAGAGAAGCAAAAGCAGUGCGGUUUACAGCAGCAGCAGCCAAAUCCAAAAUGGUGGAGAAGGGUAGCAAGGUCAGGAAGGAGGAGGUCGUCUCCAGGGAGUACACCAUCAACCUCCACAAGCGCCUCCACGGAUGCACCUUCAAGAAGAAGGCUCCAAAUGCUAUUAAAGAAAUCAGAAAGUUUGCCCAGAAAGCCAUGGGAACUACAGAUGUGAGGGUUGAUGUCAAGUUGAACAAGCAUAUCUGGAGCCGUGGCAUCCGCAGUGUUCCGAGAAGGAUUCGUGUCCGAAUUGCAAGAAAGAGGAACGAUGACGAGGAUGCCAAGGAGGAGCUCUACUCUUUGGUGACUGUUGCUGAAAUUCCAGAAGGUGGCUUGAAGGGUUUGGGCACCUCAGUCAUUGAGGAAGAAGAAUAACUUUUUUAAUGUUAUAGGCACUUGCUAUGUUCAAUUUUGCCAUACUCUAGAAUCUUUAUGCUUGACUCUUAAUCAAUUCAACCUGUUUUGUGCUACAUUUGUACGACAUUUGGAAUGCAUUCACCGUGUUUUUUGUUA